AUGGCUACCAAUCCAGAGGAGUACAUUUCUUUUGAUAACGUUUCUCCUCCUUACCCUCAGCCUGGGUUAUAUCCUACCCCUCACCACCACACUACCUUCCCUCCUCCUUCACGAGGUCCUCCUUUUCCUCCUCCAGUUGGCCCGGGAUCAUAUUACAAAGGACCAUACCAUCCCAACCCACUGCACCACCACCAUCAUUAUCAUCAUCGUCAUCCUUAUGAGCAGCAGUACCAACAGCAUCACUGGACUAAUCCUUACAAUAGAGGAAGAGGAGGGAGGAGAGGGCGUGGUAAUUAUCGUGGUAAACGCAAGCGGCCAUAUCAUGAGCCUAUAGAGAGUUCUGAAGGUGAUGAUCAGUGGUUUGAGUGGGUACUUGCUGAUCCCUGGAAAGACUUGAUAACUGAAGAUGAAGAGUUAACUCACAGACAAAGACUGUCCAAGGGACUCGUUGACAUUCCUCAUGGUGACUCCAAUACAUCAACAAUAACAUCACCUUCUCUGAGGAUGGUAGCUGAUCCUGUUCGUAAUACAACAGAACCUCAUUGUAUUAAAGUGGCUGCCCAACCUGGGCAAUCAGUAGCUGUACAAUCAGCAACUUCUCUCUCUCCUGAAAGAGGGUCUGAUAAUAUCUACCCUAAACAAGAGGAUUUAUCUAAAGACCCUUUAAUCGUGACCCCCUCUUCUUCUGAUUCUCAAAUUCCUUCUCAGCCGGAGGGCCCCCUUACCAGUGGAUCUGAUGACAUCAAAUGA